UCAGACUGUGUUAGAUCUGUGUUUGUUCUAGCAGAGUUUAGUCUGUUCUGUUGUAUUUUAAUCUAUGAACGUGCUCUAGUUCUCCGUGUUCUCCUGAUAUGUUCCUGACUAUAUCCUCCUUUGAUAGAACACAUAUUUCUUGUCUUGUGUACAGAUGUGCUUCGUCAGCGCCCCUUCUCGGAAAACAUCUGUAAUCUUUUGACUUCAGGCUCGAUGUUGAAAUCUCUCUCAGAGUCGAAGACUUCCUCUUCUGCUGUUUUAAAUCUCUUUAUCGCACAGAACUCUCUUCAUGCAGUAGUUUGUCAUUUAUAAUAACAUAUUGAUUGCUUUUCUCUAAAAGUGGCUAAGGCUAAAUAUUGGAAGACUAAAAACGAGGCUGAUGUUGCUGGGCAUCUUAAACCUGAAAGAUUUUCGUGCUAUUUUCUUAUUUUCUCUCUUCCUCUGAAGUUAUCGUAAGAAGUACUCAAAAGAUCUGCUCGUUCUUCAAAGGAAAGCUUCGAGCACGCUCUUCUUAAUGAACGUGUUGACCAGUGGUGUGGACUGAGAGUCUGUCGUGUCGGGUCGGGUUACACCGCUGUUUUCCUCUUUGUUCCGUGACUCUCACUUCUCACGAAACGAAAGUUCAGAGCUCGAGGAUGGACCGGAGGCAUCUGCUGAGUGACCAGGAUGAAGCUAGCCAUUCGUGUCCUGCUGGAUAUCAUGCAGGUCAGGUCCCCGUGGGGGGGGACGGGGCCACGGCUCCUCCGGCUCAAAUGAUGCCUGUGGUUCCUGGAUAUGAGAGUCUGGGGCCCAACGUUAUUCCUCCGUCGGAUUUGGGACCGGCGCGGUUUCCAGCUCCAUGCAGAGCUCAAGAGAGACGCUUUGAUAUCCCAGCCAUCAGUGAAGAACUCGCUCAGGAGGCCUUCAUCAGCUACGCCAGCAGCGAGUGCUGCUUCAGCACUAAACCAGCCAGAGAGAUGGUGUUCACUGACCUGCGGUCCCUCAACACGUACCGGUACCUACUGGAGACCUUCACAGAGUCCAGAACUAAAGAAUGGGGCGGCGAGCCAUAUAACGGUCAGGUGGUGGAUGACUUCAGAGAGCCUCCGGAUCCGUGGAGCAUCCCGGUCCCCACCCCUUCUCUCUUCCAGGACUGCCAGAAACACAUCCGCAUUCCUCACACGUCCAUCAUCAAAGGCUGUCACUCGUGCCUGAGUCUGGGAAGAUCCGCUUGCAGAACGUGUGUUAAUUCAGGCAGGACUCGAUGUUCGUCCUGCGGUGGCUCGGGGAGAACAGAACAUGACUUCUGCAGGUCCUGCCAGGGCUCUGGGAUGAGCAGGUGUCAUUCCUGUGGAGGAGCCGGUUCAGUCACUUGUGAAACCUGCAAAGGGCACGGAAAGCUCCUGUGCUUCAUCACACUGAAAAUCACAUGGAAGAACAACAUCUAUGUGGCCGUGAUUGACAAGGGCUCUGGUUUCCCGGUUAAGCUUCUGAAUCAGAUCAGUGGAGAGAAACUUCUUACUGAUAUGGCUCCAAAGGUUUAUCCCGUUGUCAGUUUUCCGGACAGCUCUGUGAACGCUGCGUCUGAAAGCGGCGUGAGGGAACAUCAGGCUCAGUUCUCCACCACCUGCCGGAUCCUGCAGCAGAGGCAGACCAUUGAGCUCAUCCCCAUCACUCGAGUGCAUUAUGUCUGGCAUGAGAAAACACACGUUUAUUUUGUGUAUGGAGCCGAACACAAAGUCUACUCCAGGGAUUAUCCUGCGAGGUGCUGCUGCUGCUCCGUCCUUUAAACAUGCCUUCAUAUGAACAGAAGAACUAUUCAGUCACAAAGAAACUGGAAGACAAUUAGAAAAAGAUGAAACAUAGAGUGCCUAGAAUGUACUACAUGUACUACACGUCUGUAUUUCACCCCAAAGUCAAAGGAAAAAACAAACUAUAACAGACAAAAUUGAUGGUGUUUUUUUUUUACAUGCGUACAGAAGCUUGUUUCCAGCAAGGGACAAAAAUAUUAAUACUUUUUGGAAUUUGCAUUAAACUAUAAAAAGUAAUUCUGAAAAGACAAAAAUUGUGGGAUAUAAACUCUUUUAAAAGUCAAAGUUGGUACAACUGACUUUCUUUAUUCUUAUUUUUUCCAUUGAUUUUGGGUAAAAUAUUACAAAAUAUGUUAUAUUGUUUCUUUAUUAUACACAUUUCAUCAUAUCGCUCAUAAAGAGCAUUAUGUUUAUCAUGUAACACAUUUAUAAUACGUUACACAUAUUUUAGAUGAGUUAUUUUUUACAGUAGUGUGCAUGUACAUGGUUAAGCCUUACACUAUGCUAAUCCUAAAUGAAUUACUUAAAAAAUAAGUUUUAAAAAGAUUCUACUCA